AUGUUGGUGCCCGUGUUCACGCUGAAGCUCAACCACAAGAUCCUGCCCCGCAUGGUGGCGCUGGGCCGGUACGACGGGACGCACCCCUGCCUGGCGGCCGCCACGCAAGCGGGCAAGGUUUUUAUUCACAAUCCUCAUGCCCGAGGACAGAGAACAUAUACAAACCGAAUGGUGCAAAGUAACCAAGAUUCAGACAUUUCUCUUCUGAACAUUAAUCAAGGGAUCACUUGUCUGACUUCGGGGAUGCUGAACCCUCAGCUGGGUUAUGACUGUCUUCUGGUUGGAACACAGACUAAUUUAUUGGCUUAUGAUGUGUAUAACAACUCAGAUUUGUUUUACAGAGAGGUUUCAGAUGGAGCCAAUGCAAUAGUUCUGGGAAAGCUGGGAGAUAUUUCACCCCCACUUGCUAUUAUUGGUGGAAACUGUGCCCUGCAGGGCUUUGAUUAUGAAGGAAAUGACCGUUUCUGGACAGUUACUGGAGACAAUGUUCGUUCGCUAGCACUGUGUGACUUUGAUGAUGAUGGGAAAACUGAGCUUCUUGUUGGCUCUGAAGAUUUUGACAUCCGCGUGUUUAAAGAGGAUGAGAUUGUGGCAGAAAUGUCAGAGACAGAGACUGUCACUGCACUUAGCCCCAUGUAUGGCAGUCGCUUUGGCUACGCUCUUGCCAAUGGCACCGUCGGAGUUUACAACAAGACAGCACGCUACUGGAGGAUUAAGUCAAAAAACCAAGCAAUGAGCAUACAUGCGUUUGACCUGAACUCUGAUGGAGUGUGUGAGUUGAUCACUGGCUGGUCUAAUGGGAAGGUUGAUGCACGCAGUGACCGGACUGGGGAGGUCAUCUUUAAGGACAACUUUGCUUCGUCGAUUGCAGGACUGGUGGAGGGGGAUUACAGAAUGGAUGGGAGCACUCAGUUAAUCUGCUGCUCAAUUGAUGGUGAAGUCCGAGGCUAUCUGCCAGGAGGUGAGGAAAUGAAAGGGAACCUAAUGGAUACAAGUGCUGAGCAGGAUCUUAUCCGAGAACUUAGUCAAAAGAAACAAAAUCUGCUGCUGGAACUGAAAAAUUAUGAGGAAAAUGCAAAGGCUGAAUUGAACACUCAGUUGAAGGAAGCUGAUGCACAGAGAGGUGUAAUUCCAGCAAACACCCAACUCCAGACAUCCCUCUCAGUUAAUCUGGGCUCUGACAGCCAGUCUGCCCAUGUGGAGUUGUGUAUUUCCACCACAAAUGACACAAUCAUCCGAGCUGUGCUGAUCUUUGCUGAGGGCAUAUUUGAAGGAGAGAGCCAUGUGAUCCACCCCAGUCUCCAGAACCUCUCAGGCUGCAUUCGUGUUCCCCUUACUCCACCCAAAGAUGUCCCUGUGGAUUUGCACAUCAAAGCCUUUGUGGGUUACCGGAACAGCACACAGUUCCACGUAUUUGAGUUGACAAGACAGCUUCCCCGUUUUUCUAUGUAUGCCCUGAGCAGUCCAGACUUGGCCACAGAGCCCCUGAGCUUUGUUAACUGUACCAUGAAUGAGAGGCCACAAAGGAUCGUUAUGUGGCUGAAUCAGAGCUUCUUGCUGCCAGAGGAUGCUGAGUUUCAGAGUGCUCCCUUUCAGGUUUGCUUCACUUCACUUCGUAAUGCAGGUCAGCUCUGCAUCAAAAUCAAGCCUGGUGGAGAGAUUUCCAUCAACACAGAUGAUAUUGAUCUAGCUGGUGACAUUAUCCAGUCAAUGGCCUCUUUUCUGGCCAUUGAAGAUUUGCAGGUGGAAGCAGAUUUUCCUGCAUAUUUUGAGGAGCUGCGGAAAGUGUUGGUGAAGGUGGAUGAGCACCAUUCAGUGAAUCAGAGGCUGACUGCUGACAUGGCUGAACACUCCAACCUCAUCCGCAGCAUGCUGGUUCAGGCGGAAGAUGCCCGGCUCCUGGGAGAUAUGAAAAACAUGAAGACACGGUACAGUGAGCUGUAUGACCUGAACAGAGAUUUAAUAAAUCAAUACAAAAUUCGUUGCAACAAUCACACAGAGCUGUUGAAUAAUCUGAAAGCUGUGAAUCAGGCAAUCCAAAGGGCUGGGCGGUUACGUGUUGGCAAACCUAAAACACAAGUGGUCAGUGCUUGUCGGGAUGCAAUAAGAAGCAACAACUUCAACACACUGUUCAGGAUAAUGCGUGUGGGAACAGCCUCCUCUUAGGGAGAGGAGCAGCAGCUGCACAGAGGCAUGAUUCCAUGAACUGGGCAGAUAAUGGAUGAGAAGCAGUUAAUUCAGACCCCUACUCCACUGUAGGGUGAAGUAAUUACAAUGGUAGUGCUGUAGCUAAGUUGUCAGGUAAGAAAUACUACACAGACCAAAGCUCCAUGAUAAGACCAUCAGAGUUUAAGUGCAGAUAUGGUAUUUAUGCAAGACAGACAUUCAAACAGUUAUUUUUUAUUACAGUAACUUAUUUAUGUAUGUAAAUAUAUUUUGUAGUUAAGACAUUGAUCUUUUCCAUUAAAACAUAGACUGG